GUAAGAAACGUUUAAGAGUGUGAUCUGUUAAUCUUUUCUCCGACAACCUUUCGAAAGAGUUUUCAACUUAACAUACAGCUACAGUUCUGCGCUAGCCUGGAUGCAAACUUAAGAGAGAGAGAGAGAGAUAGCAAAUCAAAAUCUGCAGACUGGCUAUCUGCUUUGCUGCAAAGCUCAGCCAUAGAAGAAGCAGUUGAGACUUCUACAGGGGAAGCUGUACCACUAUUUGAAUAGCUAGACCAAAAAGAACCACAUCUUUCUUUUGCCAUUUAGUGACAGCAGCUAUUUGGACCAGGACGUGCACAGUUUCCCAGGCAAUUGAAAGAGUGAAAGUGCGAAGUGCUAGUCCUGCUGCCAGUGGGCUUCACGGUUAACCGUUCAGCUUGUCUGUAUAUUGCUGGUAACCAAGGAGGUCAGGAUGGGCGAAUUGCUAAGUGCAGGCAUCUGUGCCCUACUGCUAGACGUGAUACUGUUUCAUUUCGCAGUCGGUAUCACUUUUGGUGAUAGCAGCUGGAGGGACGAAGAAGAGCAACUGGUGGUGCCCCUGCAAGUUGCACCAUCAGAGCAACACGAUUCAGAGAACAGUACCGACCACAAUGAUCCCCACCAACUGACUUAUCGUCUGGACGUGUUCGGCAAAGUACUAAUGCUCCGUUUACAGAGCGACCCCAGUUUCAUGGCCCCAGGGUUCACCCUACAGUAUGUAGGUAGUCCACCGACAGCUGCAGAGCAAGAGCAUCAAGACCUACCACUGGGACUUGAGGACAACCAACCGUCCAACCUUGUUCAGUGUUUCUUUUCUGGAACUGUGAACGGCGAUCCAACUUCUCUUGUAGCUCUUAGUCUCUGUGGGGGGCUACGAGGUGGCUUCUAUCUGCAUGGAGAAGAGUACUUCAUAGAGCCCAUUGAAUACAACCUGAGCGAGAGCCGCAGGUUCGAUGAUCAGCUUCACCGUGUUCGUCGGAGGCAGCGGCAUCAAGGAGGCCCCCGGUGUGCAGUGAACGAGGCGGAGUUUGGGUGGGCAGCCCACGGGGGGACCCAAGUAAAUCUAGCUACUUCUGUAGGUGGAACUGCUAGUAAAGAAACUGUUGUAUCCACUCAGCAAGAAUCUGGACAUUCAAGAAAAAAGCGAUUUGUAUCUGUGCCUCGUUAUGUGGAAACCUUACUUGUGGCAGACCAGUCAAUGGCGGAGUUUCAUGGUAACGGGCUGAAACACUACCUCCUGACUCUGAUGUCAGUAGCUGCUAAGUUGUACAAGCAUCCCAGCAUCCAGAAUUCCAUCAGCCUUGUAGUUGUUAAGAUCCUGGUCAUUUAUGAUGAGCAGAAGGGACCAGAUGUAUCCUCGAAUGCUGCUCUCACCCUUAGGAAUUUCUGCAAGUGGCAGAAGCAACACAAUCCCCCCAGCGACCGUGACCCAGAGCACUAUGAUACUGCAAUCCUCUUCACUCGUCAGGAUCUGUGUGGUGCUCAUACAUGUGAUACCUUGGGGAUGGCUGAUGUUGGAACCGUUUGUGAUCCAAGCCGCAGUUGCUCAAUUAUAGAGGAUGAUGGCUUACAAGCUGCUUUUACAACUGCUCAUGAACUAGGUCAUGUGUUCAACAUGCCCCAUGAUGAUGCUAGGCAGUGUGCCAGUGCAAAUGGUGAGAACUGGAAUUCCCACAUGAUGGCGUCAAUGCUGUCUAAUCUGGACCGAAAUCAACCCUGGUCUCCAUGUAGUGCUUACAUGAUCACAUCAUUCCUGGACAAUCGACAUGGUGAGUGCUUAUUAGACAAGCCCAGUAAACCCGUCCAGCUUCCUUCAGACCUACCUGGGACUGUCUACGAUGCAAACCUUCAGUGCCAGUUCACAUUCGGGGAAGACUCCAAGCACUGCCCAGACACAGUUAGCACAUGUUCAACCCUUUGGUGUACAGGGACCUCAGGAGGUGUGCUUGUUUGCCAAACCAAACAUUUUCCAUGGGCCGAUGGUACCACGUGUGGAGAAGGGAAAUGGUGCCUAGAAGGCAGAUGUGUUAACAAAACAGACAAGAAGCACUAUGAUACACCAGUUCAUGGUGGCUGGGGAUCUUGGAGAAGCUGGGGAGAAUGCUCAAGGACAUGUGGAGGUGGCGUGCAGUACUCCUUCCGAGACUGUGACAACCCAGUUCCAAAGAAUGGAGGAAAGUACUGUGAGGGCAAGCGAGUGCAGUAUCGAUCGUGCAAUACGGACGAAUGCCCUGAAAACAAUGGCAAAUCAUUUCGAGAAGAACAAUGUGAGGCACAUAAUGAUUUCUCAAAAUCAGCUUUUGACAAUGGACCUGCGGUUGAGUGGACUCCAAAGUAUGCUGGUGUGUCCCCCAAAGACAGAUGCAAGCUUGUAUGCAGAGCAAAAGGCACAGGCUACUUUUUUGUUCUGCAGCCCAAGGUUGUGGAUGGCACCCCUUGCAGCCCUGAUUCCACAUCAGUAUGCGUUCAAGGACAGUGUGUUAAGGCCGGCUGUGACCAUGUCAUAGGCUCUAGUAAGAAGUUUGACAAGUGUGGUGUCUGUGGAGGAAACGGAGCCAAUUGCAAGAAAAUUUCAGGCACUUUUGAAGAAGCAAGACGGGGUUAUUAUGACAUUGUCACCAUUCCUGCUGGGGCAAACAACAUUGAUGUCAAACAGCGCACCCGCAGAGGCUCAAUGCAUGACGGCAGUUUUCUUGCAAUUAAAGAUUCAGAUGGCACAUAUAUCCUUAAUGGUGACCAUACGUUAUCAACACUUGAGCAGGACAUUAUGUACAAAGGUACUGUCUUGAGAUACAGUGGUUCAUCAGCUUUGCUGGAAAGAAUUCGCAGUUUCAGUCCCCUCAAAGAGCCAAUAACUAUCCAGGUACUGACUGUGGGAGAUUCACAUCGACUUAGAAUAAAGUACACCUACUUUGUCAGGAGGCCUGAUAAACGUUCACAAAAGGCAAAACAGUCUUUCAAUGCUAUCAUGGAAACAGUUGCAUCAGAAUGGGUCAUUGGAGAGUGGGAAGAAUGUAGCAAGUCAUGUGGUUCAGGCAUGCAAAAGAGGUCUGUAGAAUGCAGAGACAUGUAUGGAAAGCAGGCAUCAGACUGUGCUGAAGAACUUCGACCCAUUGUUGUCAGAACCUGUCCAGACGUGCCUUGCCCCCCUCAAUGGCAGAUGGGGGACUGGUCACCAUGUUCCAAGACCUGUGGCAAAGCCUACAGGAAAAGAUCAUUAAAGUGUGUUUCUGAUGGUAUUGUGCUAUCACAAGACAAAUGUCAAUCACUGAAAAAACCAAAGCAUUUGAUAGACCUUUGUCCUGUCACAAGCUGUUAAUUAUCAACAGUAAGCAUUUAAAUAGAGUUAUUCUGCAAAAAAAAAUGCACUGAACUUCAAAAGGUCACUAUUACCUAAUAUAUAUCUCUUAUCCAUUCUUUAAAAAGAAGGGGCAGGUAACUGUUGUGGAUGGCCAGUUACUGAAACAGUUAAUGAAAUUGUUGCUGGCUAUAAAGCAUAGCUAUCAGACUACUUCUGGCACAUCCUGUUCCACACACAUUGUUGAUUUUGUCACUCCCAGAUAAGCUUGGGGCAUUAAGUAGGUAUUUUGUAAUGAAGUUUGUCAUGGUCUGAAAAACUGCAGAGUCAGUGGGCAAAAAAAAAAAAAACAAAAACAAAAAAAUACAAUACAAAUAAUGCAGUUAUAAAGUUUGGUAUUAGGAGAGAAAUAGGGCACCCACAAGCUCUUUAUGCAGAAAUCAGAAGAUGUGUCGGUCAUGCUUCAUGUCACCAGAAGUGAGGACCAGCAUUUGUCUGAACUUGAAAGUAAAAAGGGGGUCAGUCCCUAACUACCUCACUUGUGAAUGGCAAUAUCAUGAAUAGGGAAGUCACAGCAUCAGCAAUGUUAUGGCUGCUAUUGUUUCAGACAACAAAAAUGUAUAGAACGAAAUGUAAGCCAUGCUCUCUAGCAAUAUGCACCCCCCCCACACACCCCCACACACAAACACACACAUAUAUCAGUUGUUGGCUGCUCUUUGUUGAUCUGUUGUAAGUGUUAAUACUUGAGAAAUAGAUGCAUUGUUUUGUUUGCUCUUUAUGUUCUGCUGGACAGAGACUCAAAGUUUGGGGAGAUGGUUCAAGAAGCUAAGUUUGUUUUCUUCUGCAAUUGAAAUCACUCAGCACUUCACUAAAAUAUUGCCAGCACAGAUACAGGGAGUUGAGGCUUGCAGAUCUGUGGAAUAGCAGGUUCUUCCACAGUAGUAUGUGAACAGCUUUUACAAUUUAAGUUCAAAAGAGAAUAUAGCUGUCAGAUGUAUAUAAGAAAAUAUGUGUCAUUAUUGCCAUUCUGGCAUACUUUAUAAGUAUAUUGCAUUCCUUCUGAGAAGGACUUUGAAAUGGUAAUGUAUGUAUACUGAAGCCUAUUUAUUUUUGUACAUUUUGUUUAAUAUGAUCUUUUAAGUUAUCACUUUUUUUUUAAAUACAUAUAACUUGGAUAGAGUAUUUAUAGAUAUAUGUUAUUAGGGAAAUAAAUGAAUAUGUUGAAUUAUAAAAACUG